GGUCAACAGGUGCCGCUUGCGGGAUUGUAUAAUCGUGAGAUCUCUUCGGGAAGGGCCAGCCAACAUGAGGCCUUGUCACGGACCCUCCGAGUUGACCUGUGCACCUGUGAUAGUGGGUGUCACACAAUACAAUUCAGAUCCUGCUGCGCGCCAGCAGGGUGGCAUUGUUUGAUGUUUUGACUUUCCUUGCGGCAAGAGCCUUGUCAGGAGUGAUCCCGAUUCGCUUGUGUUUCAAAUUUCAAAUGAGGUAGCUGGCUGAUUUGGGCCACCUCUGCCACUCAUGAAGAACAAUACCCCUGUGCUGAGCUAUCACGCUGAUCAUCGCGCUAUGUGAGGCGCUGCGUCUCUCCGCUCCGGCAUCUUUGCCACUGGAGAAAGCCCCAUAAAACAGCAGGAUGUGCUUAUGCAUUCGCCAUUAUCGUCUUUGAGCACGCGCGCUGUAAAGCGAAAUCUGAGUCGCCUUCACGGUAAUUAGCAAGAACGGCAGCUUGGAUGAAGCCACUCUCACUAGCUAACAUGCUUAUUAGUUCAUGUGUCGUUUUCAGCGCUCGCUCAUUCACUAUGGCUGUGGUCAGUCAUAAAGUCUCGUCCUAUAUCUUCAUGCCAAUCCCCUGUGUUACAGGGCAUUCUCUAUUUGCCCGUGGAGGUCAGGAUGAAUGGGUAGACUGCGAAAGCAGUAGUUGCAGCAUUAGCCGCAUACAUCCUAAGGAAUGUUUCGGAGCAGGAUGUCGUAAUCGUACGGAAUAAAUGGGUUUCCUCAGAAAACCUUG